GCCAUAUCAUAAGCCUAAUUCACGUCACGUGACGCAAGUGAUGAGUAUUAGCGUAUCAUUUGGGGAAAUGUGACGUCAUGUAUUCCAUGUAUAAGAGCCUGACAACUCUGCUUGUUUCUGAGGAAACUAAUUUAACAUAUAUACAUUAAAUGAUUAAAACGUUAUGCUUCUUUUUUGUCCAACAUGUGGUAAUGUUCUCCAUGUUGAAGAGUAUACAGGAUUAAGAUUUGCUUGUAACACCUGCCCUUAUAUUUUUAACAUAGCACGUAAAGUUAGUAGUCGUACUUAUCCAAAAUUAAAAGAAGUAGAUGAUGUGUUAGGUGGAAGCGCAGCAUGGGAAAAUGUUGAUUCUACAGAAGAACGUUGCCCAAAGUGUACAAAUCCACGUGCAUAUUUCAUGCAAAUACAGACAAGAUCAGCUGAUGAACCUAUGACAACUUUCUAUAAAUGUUGUAAUCCACAAUGUGGUCACAAUUGGCGCGAUUAAAGUUAUAUCUGAAAAUUAAUCAGCAAAGAACAAUCAUGAAUCCAAGCACAAUGGGACCCAUGAAAGUACUCUUAAAUGGAGCGGCGGAGCAAAUAAACUUGCUGGGUCCAGAAGAAAAGCAUUGGUUUAUUGGAGGUGAUAGAAGCAUUGCAAUAGCCGUAGAAUUAUUAAAUAAA